AUGCUUCGCCGCAGCAUCCUCUGGCUCGCCGUGUGCCUGCUCGUCUGCCACGCGCACUCCGCCAGCGCCACAGGCGCCGGCGAAGUGCUCGUUGCGCGCCAGAGCAACCCGCAGCUGCCGACCUUCACGCUCUUCAGCGGCGUCGGCUCAGACAUCGGCUCUACGUCGCCCGAGACGCGCGCAGGCCUCAGCACCCGCUCCACCAGCAUCACCUCGACGACGGUGACACGCACCGACCCGCCGCCGCCGAGCAGCACGACGGUCGACGCCAGCUCGUCGUCGGUCACGUCGUCCAGCGUCUCUGCCACAAUCAUGCCUUCCUCCACGUCCCAGGCCGCUUCCGCAUCGACCACGUCUUCUCGCCCCGACGGAGCUGCCGCAGCUGCGAUUCCCCUCUGGUCGACACUGCUGCUGAGCGUCUCGCUCGCGGCGUUCAAUGUGGUGUGA